UCAUCAACCAACAGUAAGCAAUCCAAUAACUUGAAUCUUUCCAUACAUCUUCUGAAGCUUAAAAGGGAAUUCCACAUUUUUCAGACAAAAAAUAGAAAUGGCUUCGGUGAGAAGUAUAUUGGGAGCAAAGAAGAUUCUAAGCCGCUCCACCAGAGCAGCCUCGGCGGCACCAAAAGGGUUUCUUGCGGUGUACGUAGGAGAGAGCCAGAGGAAGAGAUAUAUGGUGCCAGUCUCAUAUUUAAACCAGCCUUCGUUUCAAGCUCUGCUUAGUAAAUCCAAGGAAGAGUUUGGAUUUGAUCAUCCGAUGGGCGGCUUAACGAUUCCAUGUCCUGAAGAUACCUUCAUCAAUGUGACUUCUCGGCUCCAAUGA